UUCAUCAACACUGUACUAACUUUUUUCACAACGUACUCCAUCCCGUGCAUAUACACACACCAAAACAACAAAACACACAUUACAAUUUACACCUCUACACACACCUAUACAUACAACAAAAUGCGCAAGAGCAAGAAGCGCAACACUCCAACACUCAGUAAUAUAGCUGCAGCUCGCAAAUCGAGAUCGAAGACACGUAAGCCGAAGUUCUUGUCUCUCCGCCUCCAGCUCUCGCCGGAAACCACCUCCGACAUGGCGGAGACCGACCGGCGCCACCAGCUCGACUUGUUCCCUCUCCACCCGGAGAAUCUGGUGGAUGAUAAAGACAGUCAUGAAGACAACAACGUGGCGUAUUUCUUCUCGUCGGUGGACAACGGCGGCGCCGCCACGCUGACGGGGCUGCUGGGGGCCAACACGUCGUCGUCGGGAUGCGACGGGGACCAGACGGCGGAGUUCUCGCCGGAGAGCCUGUACGGGGGGCAGGACAGCGAGGAGGUGGAGCAGCUGGUGCGGACGGCGAUGAGGAAGCAGAGUAGAGAGGAGAGUAGUGAGGAGAAGUGGGUGAGUUGCUGUAGUGAAACGAAGCCUGUUCUUAGUGAGAAGAAGAGAUUGGCUUUGAAGCUUGAUUAUCAGGAGAUCAUGGAUGCUUGGUCUGAUAAGGGCCCACUUAUUGUUAAUGUUGAAUCGGCUUCGGGUUCGCAGGUCGUGCCUGAUCUUCUUCAUGAUGAUCUCUUUGUCAAUCCGUCCAUCAAUGGAUGGGGUAGUAGUGGAGCGCUAUGGAGUGUUCCUGAAAUGAGCGGAAGCAAUAGUAAUGGCUGCAUCAAAGUAGAGGAAGUGCACACAGAAGAUUGGAAAAUAGGGAGAAGAGAAGCCAGUGUAUUGAGAUACAGAGAAAAGAGACAGAACAGACUGUUCUCCAAAAAAAUUCGCUAUGAAGUUCGUAAGCUUAAUGCUGAAAAACGCCCUCGGAUUAAGGGGCGAUUUGUGAAGAGGAUUGAGAAAUAGAAAAAUUAAGAUACUGGUACAGAGAGUAUGUUUUGUGUUACUGUGUGGUUCUCUCUUGUGACAUUGUAAAGUCUGCAAUGUGAUGAAUGAGCAUGAACGGUUGUGCACCAAAGAAUGAUUUAUGGGCAAAGGGCUAAAAGGGAGGUUUAUAAUUGAAAUAAGAGAGAUGGUAAGAUCAUAAUACUAGCAUUGUGUUAUGUUUGGUCAAACUGUAUAUGCUCUUCUAGGUGUGUGAAUUUGCUAUAAAAAAGAUGGAAUAAUUGACUGAAUUGUAAUACAGUGAGUCAAGAAAGGCUGUUGAAACAGGCGAACAAGAAACAAGCCAUGCAUGAUGCAUUAAUAGUUUCGUCGGUAUGGCAGUGGCAGUGAGUGAAUAAGAGUGGGUCACAAGAUACUGUUGUGUCUGAAAGAGACAGGGAUGUCACAUGGAUUCUACAUAAUUCUGGAAGAUGAUCACUUUUUCUUUAUUA